GUCCAAGGCGGCAUCGUGGUCGAUGCUGUCACCCACUACGUGCGUUGGAACGGCCGCCUUUGACUCCGGGCACAGACAGCCGAGCCGAGAGAAGCACUGCGACCAGUGCCCAUGCCCACCGGGAUUGGAUCCGGUGCCCUUGCCUGAUCCGGGAUUGGAUUGGUUGGCUAUUAAUAUAUAUUCAUGCCAGCGGAAACAGCGAAAGGAAAGAAGUCAAGAACUAGAGUGAUUAGAGCUAGGAAGAGAGACGGGAAUAAGAACCAAAUCGCCACCGCCGGACAUGGAGAGCUCGUCCGAUGAUCAUGUGAUCCUGUUGCAAGACCACAAAACUCUCCUGAAGAGCGGGGCUCUAUACCAGUAUUUACUGGAGACGAGCGUGUAUCCGCGUGAACCUGACGCCAUGAAGGAGCUCCGCAGCAUCACGGUCAACCAUCCCUUGAAUGGCAUCGCUACAGCAGCAGAUGAGGCUCAAUUUUUGAGCAUGCUUCUCAAGGUGAUGAACGCGAAGAAGACAAUGGAGAUCGGUGUAUUCACCGGCUACUCCCUCCUCGCGACUGCCCUUGCCCUCCCGGACGACGGAAAGAUAAUAGCCAUUGAUGUAAACCGAGAGUUCUAUGAGCUUGGGGUGCCUGUGAUCCAAAAUGCCGGGGUUUCACACAAGAUUGACUUCCGAGAGGGCGAGGCUCUACCCAUCCUUGAUGAACUGAUGAAGGAGGAAGGCAAGAAGGGGUCCUUUGACUUCAUCUUCGUUGACGCUGACAAGAAAAACUACAUCAACUACCACUCGCGGGCGGUGGAGCUCGUGCGGGUGGGUGGCAUCGUCGCCUACGACAACACGCUCUGGUACGGUUCCGUGGUGGCACUGCCAGAGGAAACUCUCCCUAGCUAUGUCAUGGGUUUCAGGGAUGACGUCAUCAAGUUCAACAAGUACCUCGCCGCCGACCACCGCGUCGAAAUCUGCCAUCUCUCCAUCUCCGAUGGCCUCACACUCUGCCGCCGCCUGUCUUGAUGUGGUGCUGCGUUUCGGUUGCUGCGAAUAAGAGAGCAAGGAUAGCAAGUAUAAACUAUGUUGGUUUCUACUGAUGCAAUUUGGAUGCUCAACUAUAUUUAUUUCUGAACUUGUAUUAGUAUUAUUCUAGUGGAACUUUUUUUAUAUUCA